AGAGUCUCCGCGACCAAACUCCAGACCUCCGCCACGCUGCAUGACUGCUCUCGGCUCCCGAAAACACCUACGCACCGGAGGAAAAUGUUCGUGUCGCCGAACGAGGCGGGUUGCCCGACGACGUACGGCUCCAACAGCAUUUCCAGCGCGAGCGCGACCCACUCGUCGUACCUGUCUUCGGGCCCUGUGUAUGUGCCUACGACCAGAGUGGCCGGGUACGGAGGGUCGUCGGUGAGCAGCGUGUCCAGCCAUCACCACCACUACCCCCAAAACCACCACCACCACACCCCGUUCCUGCAGCACCACAACGCCGACUCGCCCCAACAGUGUUUGCCGACCGUGGCCACCGCUCUUCAACAAAUGCACGCAGACAAAAUUGGCUGGAAUGCCGGUGGCCAGGAGUGUCAGUCGUUGACCUCUGGCCCGUCGACGCCGAUCCAGUCGAGCAGCGGCGCCUACCCCAGUCCGUACUACCCAACCCCUUCGGUGAUGAGUGCGAUGGCGGCCGCGGCCGCCGGCUGGCGAUACGAUCCUGCCAACUUUGUCCCGGUCAGUUCAUACGACCAGAUGGACUACCCGUUCGCCGAGGGGCGCGAGUGUGUCAACUGCGGCGCCAUUUCAACGCCGCUGUGGCGCCGGGACGGCACCGGCCACUACCUGUGCAACGCGUGUGGCCUGUACCACAAGAUGAACGGCAUGAAUCGGCCGCUGGUGAAGCCGUCGAAGCGGCUGACGGCGUCGCGCCGCCUCGGCCUCAGCUGCACCAACUGCGGCACCAGGGCGACCACCCUGUGGCGGCGCAACAACGAGGGUGAGCCCGUGUGCAACGCGUGUGGCCUCUACUUCAAACUGCACGGCGUUCGGCGACCCCUGGCCAUGCGCAAGGACGGCAUCCAGACGCGCAAACGCAAACCAAAGAACUCGGCCCUCGCCGGACAGCAGCAUUUUGCACAGGACAAGGCCAAGUGUCGUGACGAGGAUAAGUCAACCUCGUCCUCCUCAACCCCUAUUGGAAAGCCCCUACUGAGCAGCAGCAGCAUCAAAAGUGAGCCUCACGACUCUGGCUACGGCCACGGCAGUUCACGCGACCUUUCGUCGCACCACAAGCCUGGCGGUCACCCUGAAAUGGCCUAUCACCACCCUCACCACCACCUCUUCGGCCUAGACUCGACCCAAAAUUACGCCAUGAACGUGGCGAUGAGCAAAGUCAUGGCCAACAGCUGAACUUUAUUUCGGAAUAGUGAGUAAGAAAGUUAAAGAAAAGCGUGCGGUUUUGUGAGCGAAAGCAGAGUUUAUUUUAUUUAUAUGCGAUGAUAUAUAUUAUAAUAAUUAUACAUCUCUCUCAAGUCUGAUUUUAUAUUUGUAAAAAUUGCGUACAUGUGUGUAUGAUUUCCGGUUUAAUUUAUGUAUCACUGUGCAAUUAUCUCCAUUGUGUAUAAAAAAAAAACAUCAAAUAAUUAGGAUUUAUGUGGCAUUUAGGGCCCACUUAAGAUUUGACUUCGUCUCUGCUGGUCAAGUAAAGCUUAGACUAAACAACUAGCAAACCAUUUUUGGCAAGAGUUAUAAUAAAAAUGGAACAAUCAACAACCAGAGCCACCACAGGUGGAAUGACUUUUGCGGUUCUUUCACUAGAUGACUACUCGUAAUUAAGUUGUACACACGACAGUGGCCUUUUACGUAAUUAAGUUUCAGGCCCACUUCUUUUCUUUGGCUCUGAUCAGACGAGACCAGUAAAAAAAUAACGUCUAUAAUGCAACACAAACGCACACCAAUACUUUUAAAAUUACGCAACAAAAACACAUUUCUUCUUCAUAGUCUUAAUUUUUAAGGAAAACUACUUAAACUUUACGAUGGCCCUGUAGAAGUCUCUCAAAUUUAUUAGGUUUAUGUAAUACUCAAGCGCCGUGCUCUCUGUGUUUAAUUUUGUCUUAAAAUGUCAUGAUCAAGAUUUAUAUAAUAAGCUCUCCUCCGAUUCAAACUUUUGUGCAUUUGCCUGGCAUUUAUGCUGUUCCGCUCAGCAUUGAUGAAUUCAAAUUGCCUACGUUUCAGGCAUCUUCUUUCCAACUCGAAUAAUUGUAAUUUUGUUGAUUUUUAAUAAAAUGUGAUGAUUUCGUGGAGCAAAACCGAGUUGUGGCAAGAAUUAAUCAUGUAUUGAAGUCUCCUUUAGUUGCGGGCUCCUUGCUGGCAAAACGCGCUCAUGAUGGCGUUCAUGUGGUCCUCUUCGGAGGAGGCGACCACCGUCCCCGGCUGGGGCUCGUCGCAAGGGCGCAUCUGCUGCUGGAUGGGCUCCAACGGGGGCACACUAGGUGCACAAAAACACACUCAUUAGUACAGUAAACGAAGCAAAAUAUAAUCUUAAAAUAUAAAUCAGAAAUGUUAAUUUUCUUGUAGCACACACUGAUUUUGUAAAAUUUUAAUAGAAUGAAAUAAAUUAUUUGGUUAGAUAAUGGCAAUAUUAUGAAUUACAAGGACGAUUUGUUACGGACUGUGAACACUGGAAGAUAUUGAAUAAAAUUUGAUUAAGAUGUUCA